AUGAUACACUCCCCUGGCGGGCUCCAUAAACCGUUCUCUUCUCCAAAUGAUGAUCAGUCGAUUGUUGGAUCAAUUUAUUUGGUGAUGCUGGUCAUUUGGUGCCUGACUCUUGGAAUAUUCGUAUGCGUCAAGAAAUGCAGAAAAAUGAAGCCAAAAAGAUCAGCCAUCGUUCGAUCGGAAUCAAUGAGAAAUGUUCUCAAAAAUCUAUGGUUCGAAGGGCUCCAAAGGCCGGGAACCGAGAUUCCUGAGGAAUGCAAUGCUGAUGAAAGUGACGUGCUUACCAAUUUGGAGCACGGUCACAUCGAUGAGAUUGGACAUGUUGCUUUAAACAUUAGUCAAGAAUCAAUUUUCUGA